AUGCCGCCAAAAGCUUCCAAGGUUAAUAUCCAACCUAUCAACUUGAUCUUCCGAUCACUCCAAAGCCGUACUCGCAUUCAGAUCUGGCUUUAUGAGGAUGUAACUCACAGAAUCGAGGGGUACAUUAUUGGUGAGUCGUUUUUUAAAUAUUUUUUGUUUUAGAGUUAGGUGCAAAAUCUUCAAGGAUUUAAAAGUUUUCUGUAUUAUAUCAAACUUCAACUAACUUCUUUUAGGUUUUGACGAGUACAUGAACCUGGUGAUUGACGAAGCAGAAGAGCUUCACUUGAAGAAUGAAUCUAGAAAGAAGCUUGGUCGAAUCAUGUUGAAGGGCGACAAUAUCACGCUGAUCCAGAACGCUUAG